AUGUAUGGAGAUUGUCAAGUGAUGUCAUCAAUGGCCGGAGGGAACUCGAUUCCGUCAUCGGAAAAUUCCCUUUUCGGGUCGCCGUCGAUCCACCACAACCCUAACGCCAUGAACAACUUCAAUUUCAUGCCUAACAUAAACCCUUUCAACAUUUUUUCUCCCAUUAUCCCGAAAGAAGAAAAUGGGAUGGCUAAGAGCAAAGAGACCGAUUUACUCGAAAGCGGGUCGGGUAGUGAGCACAUGGAAGGGUUUUCCGGCAACGAGCAAGACUUAUUAGACGCCGAACAACAACAGCAGCAACAACAACAGCAACAGCCGCAAGCCAAGAAAAAACGAUACCAUCGCCACACGGCUCGACAGAUCCAAGAAAUGGAAUCGCUGUUCAAAGAAUGUCCACACCCAGAUGACAAGCAAAGGCUUAAGCUGAGCCAAGAUCUCGGCCUCAAGCCACGCCAGGUCAAGUUCUGGUUCCAAAACAGAAGAACACAGAUGAAGGCGCAACAAGAUAGACAAGACAAUGUUGUCCUAAGAGCGGAAAACGAAGGCUUAAAGAACGAUAACUAUCGAUUGCAAGCCGCAUUGAGGAACAUCGUUUGUCCUAAUUGUGGAGGUCCGGCGAUGCUCGGUGAAAUGGGGUACGACGAGCAACAACUACGGAUCGAAAAUGCUCGUCUCAAGGAGGAGUUGGACCGAGUUUGUUGUAUGGUCACACAAUACACGGGUCGACCAGUUCAUCAGCAGAUGGGACCGAAUUCUCUCCUCUCACAUUCGUUGGACUUGGACAUAAGCUCGUAUCCGAGAAAGUUUGACCAAAACGACCCGUUAUUGACCAAUUGUCCACCUCAUCAUGACCACAUGAUGCCUCUUCCCGAUUUCGAUCAAAAUUCGCAGUUCCCGAGCAAUGCAAGCACUCUGAUGAUAAUGGAAGAAGAAAAGGGUGUGUCUAUGGAGUUGGCAUUGUCGGCUAUUGACGAGCUCGUCAAGAUGUGCCACGCGGGUGAACCCCUUUGGAAUAGGGGAGGGAAAUACGGUGAAGUGCUCAACUUUGAGGAGUACGCAAGAGUUUUCACUACCAACUCAUCGUCGGUCGAUCAGUUCAGAGUCGAGGCGAGCAGGGACACGGCCGUUGUUAUCAUGAAUAGCAUUACUUUGGUCGAUGCUUUCCUUGAUGCGAACAAGUGGAUGGAGCUGUUCCCUUCGAUAGUAUCCCGAGCAAAAACGCUUCAAGUGGUGCAUUCUGGCGUUAACUCCGGACAUGCAACCGGGUCUCUUCAUCUGAUGUAUGCAGAAGUACAAGUUCUGUCUCCUCUGGUCCCGACAAGAGAGUCGCAUUUCCUCCGUUACUGCCAACACAACGCGGACGAAGGAAGCUGGGCCAUAGUCGAUUUUCCGGUCGAUGCUUUCCAAAACAUUUACUCACCUUCUUUUCCUUAUUACCGCCGGAGGCCAUCCGGUUGUCUCAUUCAAGACAUGCCCAAUGGAUACUCGAGGGUGACUUGGGUUGAACAUGCUGAAGUAGAGGACGGUCCAAUCCACCAGGUUUUCAAUCACGUCGUGAAUAACGGCAUUGCUUUUGGAGCUCGUCGAUGGUUAGCCGUUCUGCAACGCCAAUGCGAGAGGCUCGCGAGCCUCAUGGCUCGGAAUAUAUCCGAUCUUGGAGUGAUCCCUUCACCUCAAGCGAGAAAGAAUCUGAUGAAUUUGGCUCAGAGGAUGAUUCGGACAUUCUGUUUGAACAUAAGCACUUGUUACGGACAAUCUUGGACUGCUCUCUCUGACUCUGCUGAAGACACUGUUCGAAUAACUACUCGAAAAGUGACUGAGGCUGGCCAGCCAAACGGCCUCAUCCUGUGUGCUGUCUCCACUACUUAUUUGCCUUAUCCCCACCAACAAGUUUUUGAUUUCUUGAGAGACGAACGGCGUAGAGCUCAGCUUGAAGUACUUUCUAAUGGGAAUUCAUUGCACGAAGUCGCUCACAUCGCAAACGGCUCUCAUCCCGGGAACUGCAUUUCUCUUCUCCGAAUCAACGUGGCAAGUAACUCGUCACAGAGCGUGGAGCUCGUGCUGCAAGAGAGCUGCUCGGAUGAUUCCGGAAGCAUGGUCGUCUACACCACAAUCGACGUGGAUGCCGUCCAGCUGGCAAUGAACGGCGAGGACCCUUCCUGCAUUCCCCUGCUCCCCAUCGGCUUUGUCAUAGUCCCUGCACCACAGAAGGACCAAUCACACGACGCCACCUCAUCACCACCACCCGACAACAACAACAACAACAAUAACAAUACCGGGUGUCUUCUUACUGUGGGACUCCAAGUCCUAGCAAGCACGAUUCCAACUGCAAAGCUCAACCUGUCGAGCGUUACAGCCAUAAACCACCACCUCUGCACCGCAGUGGACCAGAUCACAGCCGCCCUCGGCAGUGGCCGGGUUAUUGACGACAAUGCUGCCAAGAAAGAAGGGGACGUUUAG